CAUCCCCUACACCAUGUUUUCCUAUUUGCGAAGUGCAGGCGGUUCGAGUCAGGUACAACCGUACAAGAAGAGAGUGCAACGAGAUUUCGCGCGCGUCACUGCUGCUCUGUGUCUCUGUGUUCGCAUAAGAGAGAGAGAGAGAGAGAGAGAGAGAGGACCGCAUGCAGCCAUGCACCAGUAGAGAGUGGGAUUUAUUGCUCGUAGGCAAUCAGAACUAAAAAUGGCCUGAAUUCAUGAAGCAAAUGUUGACGCACUCUCUCCCUUUCUCUCCUCUCCCUCAAAUCCCCAUCCUACACACUAGACGUCCAUUUCCUCUGUUUAUGUCCAGGCCCAAGAAAUCCAUUCUCGUUGUUAGAGCAGAGUUCUCAGCUGGUGCUGCCUCAUGGUUUCAGGGCAUUGCAGCUGAAGCACUUGGUGGUUUUAGGUUAGGACAAGAUUCAGAGAGCAAUGGAAUGGUAGCUGAGAACCCUAAUAAGAGAGUUUCAGGAAUCAGGGCAAAUGCCAAGGAGAAGUGGGCUCGAGAUAAGGAGAGCUACCUUAGCAAGGAUGAUGCUCUUCCUCUUCCCAUGACUUAUCCUGAUUCCGCCCCUGUCUCUCCUGAAGAAAUCGAUGCUCGCCUUCGUUGUAACCCUCAAGUCCAGGACUGCAAGGAAGUUGUAUAUGAAUGGACUGGCAAAUGUAGGAGUUGUCAAGGUAGUGGUUAUGUCAGUUACUACAAUAAAAAGGGGCGUGAGACUGUAUGCAAAUGCAUCCCUUGUCUCGGAAUAGGAUAUGUACAGAAAAUAACGACACGGAGAGACAUUGAUGUAAUGGAGGAUCUAGACAAUGGGAAACCACCCUAAGUCAUUGAGCUCAGCCACAAAAGUUGUUCCAUCUUUUAUCAUUUUUCUCUUCUUUUUUGCUUUGCCCUGCUUCUUUCUUUUUCGGAGCAUCAUUUUUUUGGGACAAACCCUGCUUAGGGAGCAAAUCAAUUGAUAAAAUGUUUGCCUAUGAAGCAUAUUUGAGCAUCAGUAGUUCAGCAAGCUAACAAUCAUAUAUUGCAACUGGCUAACCGUGUUAUAUUACAUGUUACAAUUCUGGAAUGUAUUAUUUUCCUUCAUUUACUC